AUGUGGCCAGGAAGCGAAACAAUUCUUGGUGAAAAUUCAGUCAAAGGCAUCAAAUCUGGAGAUUGCUCAAAAAGACAACUGAAGGUUGGUGAAUGGCAUUAGUUACCGGGGGGGACUCAACAAAAUUUUACACGGGGAGGUUCCGCCCCGAGGUCCAACCCCUUACCCUUUUAUAAAGCAUUCUUGACAGAAAAGGUAGCCCAUUUCGUAUACAUUUUGUUAACAAAUGGUACCGCAUACUAGUUCACAACGCUGAAUGCCUUUUAACUUCUGUCAGGAGUACCCACCCCCCUGAUUGGUUAUCAGUGUUUGAUAAUGAAGAUAACUGAUAAAUAUAUGUCUAACAUUUUUUUCUAUUGUGCUAUAUUAUAUGUAGUCUGAGUGGCAGUGUGAGGGGGUGGUCCCUACUGGUGAUGGAGAAAGCAUUUGGUUUACAAUUUUGAAGGAUCUCCUAGAAGGGAAGAGAUACCGUGUUCAUGUCAAAGUAUUUGUCCUGGCUGGAGGUCCUAUUCUUACACCACAAAUCCUGUUUAAUUCAGAAAUCGAACCUCAGACCCUUGGACACUACCUCUGUGAGCAACCAAUUGCUUUCUGUCAGAUUGUUCUGAAGCAAGAAAUUGUGGAUAGCAUCGAGAGGCAUCCAGAAUGGAAAAGGAAAGUUGAUCAACACAAAGCUAAGAACCGAGAAGAUCCCAUUUCUAUUCCACUCGAAGAUCUCACAUCACAGGUAUUAGACUGGAAAAAAAAUGAUAACAAGAAAUUGUAAACUCCCUGUUGUUGACUGGCCUAGAUAUAAUCUUUCUAAAUAGCUGGAUUUCUCGUUUUCCAUGAAAAGUCAAGGCAGUGGUUUAUUCAGCUGUAGUAUUUCUUGAUCUAGACAUCUGGCAAGUAAAAAAUUCAACUAUAUGUCAAUUUUAACCCCUUCACAACAGUCUUUACUUGAAUCUGAAGGCAAUCAUGAUUGUAACUGUAACUGUACUUAUAACAAACAGCUUUGAUGCGUAGUUGCUUGUAGGCAUACAUUGUACGUGAAGAUUAAACUGUGCAUAAUUACUCACUCACUUUCUCUACCCUGUGUGUGUACACAGUGUUGGAUUCCAUUCUCAGAAGACCGUCCAUGGCACUGCCAAGUCCACUGA